CCCCCCUUCCACCACAGCAUACCCAGGCACACAUCGGCAUCGACUGACGAAACCUUCUUCAUCGACAAUGUCCAACGGCGAGUCGCGUGAGUCGCUCGACCUGUUGGCAUCUGCCGCCGAGCAGUCGUCCCCACAGUCUCGUAUCAAGAGGAACACGGCUUGCGUCUCGUGCAGGGACUCCAAGGUGAAAUGCAAUGCGAGCACCGUCCCAGGACAGCCAUGCCAGCGCUGCCAGAAGCUGAAGCUGCGCUGUGUCGUUGACAAGUCUCACAAGAGGGUGAGCAAGCGAAGUAAAUUUGAUGAGCUUGUCCAAGAGGUCCAAAGCAUCAAACAGGCCGUAGCGCCUCAUCCAUCGUCUUCCGGCCCCCAUGGACAGCUUCCACUUCCUUCAAUCCCACCGCCACAUCUACCAAGCCCCAGGUCGGACCAGCCACGUCUGUAUGCUUCCACUGGCUUCUCAUCAGGAGUGUCACCACUGGCCUCGAUCCCUUCCUUCAGCAAUGCUGCGCCCCCGCGGACGUUCCCGGAGGCAUCCUCGGUCCCCGCUUUGACCCCGGGCCCCCUGACUACUCCGUCUUCUGCCAGUGGCCGUCCCUCGCAACCCAGAGCACUCAAAUCAAGGGUCUUCUCUGGGGAGGACAUUGACCGAUACUUCGAUCAGUAUUUCGAGUUCUUUCACCCGUAUUUCCCUGUCGUGCGCAUCAGGGAGCCAGACGCCAUAUACAACACGGGACCGGUCCUCUUUUGGGUCAUUGUCGUCACAGCCUGCAGGCGGUCGACGCACGAAGGCGGAAUAUUUGAUUUCCUCGUCGGUGCAGUCCGGAAUGAGAUCUGGGACAGUGUCUCUGACCCGCCCAUCUCUUUGGCCACGGUCAACGCACUGUUAAUCCUGAGCGUUUGGCCCUUACCCACUAUUCGCUUCAUGAAGGAUCCUUCGCCAAUAUACGUGUCGCUCCUCAUGAACAGCUGUUAUAUGCUUGGAAUCCACACAGGCCGGGGUGACUUUCCCACGCAAGUAUACCCAGCAUAUCGCCUGUCUGUCAGUGACGAGGAGGCCGUAUUUUCCUGGGUGGGGUAUAAUAUCAUCGCCCAACGCGUGUCCACGUAUGGUGGCACUCCUUCUACGGGCCAGUACUUCAACAGCACCAUCGAAAGCAUCAUUGACAGGACUAGCCCGGUCAAGAUUCCGAUGUAUUUCUAUGUCCUCCUACAAAGUGCAGCGUUCCUGCACAGAGUGGGCAGGACAAUAGCUGCCAACCUCGAGCAAGGAAAAGGAAUCUCCCAUCAUGUCGUCGAGCAGCUAGAGGAAGACUUCCAGCACGUUCAGGGUCUCAUGUCUGCCGGCAUCUCAGAGGUGGACCAGUUCACUAUACUAUCGACACUGCUAGAGCUACAGGUGUUCUACUUCAUGCCGAUGCCCGGCUUUAGUCAGGAGACAUUCAAACGCAACGCCCUGCGCUGCCACACGACCGCGCAGUCCGUCAUCAGGCUCGCACUGAAGCUCAACAACGACAUUGACUUCCUAUCCCAUUCACCCCACUUCGUUUGUCGCUCCAUGAUGUCGGCAGGCUGCAUCGUGAUCUCGGCGCUGCUGUCCCCGUCCACGAAGGAGGUGAUCGAGCGCCAAAUCCAGGACGCAGGGACCACCCCGGAUGCGGUAGUCAACGAGGCGCUCGCCGGCGUGAGGCUGUGUAGCAUCCAGGACGGCGACCUGCCCGUCCGCGCGGCCAAGAUGAUGGAGAGCGCGUGGAGCGUCCGCGAGAUCCUCCCGGCCACUGAGCUGUCGCAGCUCGGGCAGAUGGACUUCUCUCACCGGCUCGGAAUGGGCCUUCCGCUCGACUGCAUACGCAGGUGGAAGAGACAGAUGGAGCAGAUCCGCCCGGACAAGGUCACGCCCCAGCCCGUCGCCGCGGAGGGAAGCGUCGGCGUCGCAGGCGCCACCGAGAUGCUAGCUCCUGAUCCGUUCUCGAGGGUGGACUGGGACGCGUUCAUGAAGGACUUUGACAUGAACUUUGACCCGGCCCUCAUGGACACCGUUGUGGCCUAGGAAACCGACGGUUACACGGCUUGACCGGGUCGGUGAGGGUCUCUUUUCGGACGGAGUGUUGGACGUGCGUGCAAACCAGCAUUGUAACUUGAGGAGCCCGAGAGACAGAGACAGAGCAUGGUACACUUGCGGUGGGAGGUUCGUAAACUACAAUAUCAUUGUCUUCUUCCUGACCCUACCUAGAUGGAGCCAGGGCCGCGAGGGCAGAACAAUCCAAGACAAGCUCGCCAAGCUCCGACCAGGAACCUCCUUAGUGCGACCGAGACAUAAGGUCCCGACUUUGGUAGCGCACAAAGGGACGCUGCCAUGGGUUGCGCUCCGUGCAACAAACAAGAAGGUGAUCCGAAAAAGCAACAUGCCCGGCUAGGGGCACCCAAGCCGUUGCACAAGCUUUCCGGCUUAAUACGGUAUGUAGUACUUGGUGAAUCUACUAAAUACAAUCGCCCAUGCCACUUUUGGAAGGUCCGAUUUAGCUUCAUUUAGUAGCCUAGACGCAGCCUCGGAGACCGGCUGGGCUGAACCUAGUUGUAAAUAUAGAUAGUCUAUUUUCCAGCUGUGAUUUACCAACGGUUCAUGCGUGUGGAAUGAGAAUCAAUGUUUUUGAUUUACACGCACUGGAAUCUCAACAUGGUAUCAAUU